AUGGAAGGAAGAAAGAAAUUGGGUUCUUCCUCUUCGUCUUCAUCAUCUUCUUUCACUUCUGAACUCUUUGGUUCCAUUGAUUUUCAUCCUUCUUCUGGUUCUUCUGGAAUUUUCGAUUCUAUUUUUUCUCCUUCUUCUAAGGUGUUUGGAAGAGAGUCUCUGCGUUCUGCACUGAAUGGAAAAAUUGCUGCUACUGAAGGAUCAAACUCCAAAAUUGGUACUCAAGAUUAUAUGAGUAAGGGAAGUGAGGGUGAAAGUGAGAACAAAACAAAUAGGGAUAUGAGUUAUGUUUAUCAAGAACAAAGAGUUCAACCAUGUCAGCUUAGUUCAUCAAUCUAUUAUGGUGGCCAAGAUGUAUACUCUCAUCCUCAGAGUACUCGGGGUGGUUUGGGAUCAAACACUAUGUACAAGAAAGAUGAUGGAGAAGAUGAUUCAGGAAGUGCCUCAAGAGGAAACUGGUGGCAAGGAUCUCUCUAUUAUUAA